CUAUCACCCCUCCUGUGCCUCUCACUUGACGUUUCCCAUCAGUUUUAACAGCUGUUUACGUUGUCUUAACUCAUCUUUGCGUCUCAAAUGCGUUAAAUAAGUUGAGUUAUACGCCCUUGUUUUAUAAUACAAAUUCGGUAAUCAUAUUACGAUUCAUUUUACACCAUCAGUGUUUGUCAAAUGUUCAGUUAGUGAUCAGUAUCCUUUGUCUGAGCAACUGACAGUUCUUGUUAAUCUUUAUGUGAAUGUGCUGAUUUUACACUGAUCACAUGCUUACUUGUGUUAAAACAUAGUGCUUUGUUGUUGAUAAUAAUUGAAAAUCAACAGUGUCCGAAAUAACUAUAAAUUCGUCAGAUUUUUUUAUUAUUAUAAACAGGCAUUACUACUCGACCAUGUAAUACCGCUGCUUCUUGUGAACGCAAAAUCUCUUUGUAGUUAUCAGAAAUAGAACUCAAUCUAGGAUCCUAGGCUUUACCAUUGGCUCGGUACAGAAAAAAUUAAUAUAAGUUUUAACGAACUUUGGGCUCAAGGUGUACUUCAGUUUUUUUUCCGAACUUAGCACGCCAAGUUGCAAUAAGGAGCAUGUCGGUUUUGAAUCAAAGUGGAGAAGAUGCGGUUGAAUGUCCGCUAUGCAUGGAACCAUUGGAGGUUGAUGAUCUGAACUUCUAUCCGUGCACAUGUGGUUACCAAAUUUGCCGUUUCUGCUGGCACAGAAUCCGUACUGAUGAAAAUGGUUUAUGUCCCGCUUGUCGGAAAGCAUAUCCUGAAAAUCCUGCGGACUUUAAGCCUCUAACUAAGGAAGAAAUUGCAAGGUUGAAGGCGGAGAAAAGACUGAAAGACCAGCAGCGGAAACAACGCGUAACUGAGAACAGGAAACAUCUUGCAAACGUUCGGGUGGUGCAAAAAAAUCUUGUUUUUGUUGUUGGUUUGCCAAUGCGGCUGGCAGAUGCUGAUGUUCUUAAGCGACACGAGUACUUUGGGAAGUUUGGGAAGAUUCACAAAGUUGUAAUAAAUCAAAGUACCUCGUAUGCAGGGUCUCAGGGUCCUAGUGCAUCGGCGUAUGUUACGUAUCAACGACAAGAAGAUGCGUUGCGUGCGAUAGAAGCAGUAAAUAAUAUAGUAGUUGAUGGGCGGACGGUCAAAACGUCACUAGGGACCACCAAGUACUGUUCGCAUUUCAUGCGUAACCAGGCAUGUCCGAAACCGGAUUGUAUGUACCUUCAUGACUUUGGCGACCAGGAAGCCUCUUUUACAAAAGAAGAAAUGCAUCAAGGCAAGCACCAGGAGUAUGAGCGUAAACUUGUACAGUCGUUACACGCCCAUGCAUCUGCAAUACAACGAAAACCAACACCAUCGCCACCAGUCACAGGUAGCACAGUUCGAGAGAAUGGUACAGCAAAUACACAAACAAAAGAAGCAUGGCCUUCGUUACAUCCUGGGCAGACAAAUAGCACACAAACAAAUAGUAAAGAACCAUCUCCACCUGUGCACACGCCGGUGCAACAAUCUAAUGGCACAAACGGAAGUGUAAGCAUACAGCAAAAUCACCCAGCUGUCACGAUAAAUCAACAAAAUAACAACAACAAGGGAGAAGGAGGUCUGAGUCGUAGAGGCAAAAGUAAUAGUGAAAGUAAGGCACAGGCUGCGCGCAACAAACACAAAAACUCACAGAAUAAAGAAAAGCAUGGAGUACGGACUAGUUCUCGCUCGGAAUCAAAUUCAACGAAUGGUCAAACUAGUUUACAGACGCAGAGUAACAUGCAAAAGGAGUCUCUCGAUUCUUCGGUCGAUUCGGUUAGUGAAAAUACACAGAUGUCCAGCACUAGGAGUAAAAUGGAUCAACACAAUACACAAAGUAAGGAUCAAAAUCCAUCGGAAUUCCAGAACGACGAACCAAAGAUUAAUGGUGUCUUUGAAAAUGGUGAGAGAAGUCAAUCUGAGAGCGAAAGUGAUCCUCCAAGGGAAGGCAGUACGCCAGCUAGCACUGUUUCAAGCACAGAAGAGUCUACAAAUCUCAAUGCAGGGUUAGUGGAUUCCGAAGAAAUUGGCAGUGUGGCUGUGUUAGGUACAUCACCGGCAAGUACGACUUCAUCUCAAGAUGCCUCACAGCAACUGCCCCCUGGUAUCCGUGUACAUAAUGGCGGGUCGCAAAUACAGCUGAAUCAUCGGUCCAUCUUUCAAACGGAUAACAACAGCUUUUUUAGUUCGAAUACAUUUCAGAAAGUAUCAUCUACUGUAUCUACACCACCAACGACACAAACCGGGAGCACAAAUUUAGAUUGGAUGAGUACAGGGCUGGUAUCGAUACCUGAUUCCUUACCUACUGUCCACUCUAGUGAAGAUUGGCAAGCUGCUUUUGGAUUUCAACCGGAACCUUCUCAUACAAAUCUCCCCACACAUAAGCCAAGUCCGUCUAGUUCACCAGGUGUCCCUUUCAAUCCAGAGGAAUUUAUUGAUGGAGAAGUCUUUACUAAUUCGAGAUAUGCUGCUUUGGCUGAAAAUGCAACUGUAUUUGCUACCAAUUUUCUCACAGAUUCACCAGCAUCGAAGUUUAUGGCUGAUUUUCAACAAAAUUCGUUGAGACAGAGGCUUGUAAUGCAGGCGCAACAAAAUCAGGAAAAUUGUGAUUACAUAAAACAAAACGGUCAGACGUCGUUGGACGAGUUAAAUAAACAUCAUAAUGAAGUAAAUACAGAGAUAAAGGCUGAUGAUGAUUUGGGCUUUGAUCCUUUUCAUGAAACUCAAAAAGCAUUAGCAGAAUUAAUGGAAAAUGAAAUGUUGCAACACCAGAGACUGUUCCAGCAACAACAGCAACAACAACAACAGCUGAGAGAACGAGAAGACCAAAGCAGAGUGCAACAGCAAGGUCUUGUGGGUUUAGGUCAACAACACUUCCCCCAGGUGGCUCAUAUUGCUCAUUUGCAACAACAAGCACAACAUAUGCAGAACCUUCAAGCAUUGCAGCAAUCACAUUCCCUGUUAUCUCGACUUCCGCCAAAUUUAUUACCGCCUAGUGGUACUCAAAGCCCUGCACCUACGGCAGCUACAUCAACCAAUCUUGGGCAGCGCAGUCGCCUACCGCCACCAGGCUUUCCAGGUUCGGCUCCAAAUCACAUGAACUCCUUUGGUUUGGGUAUACCGCGACCGGCUCCCACAAACAAUGCUCUUUCUGAGUUGCUUAUGUCUGCAGGUAGUAAGAUACUGCCAUUCAUGAGUCACUCAUCUGGGGUAUUGUUCACUGGAGCCCAAACUCCACAGCAAAAUACUUUUCUACCCAACGGUGGCCCACUACUUCGUUCACAAGGUGUUGGUAAAUGUGCCGGCGAUGCUGUGUAUAACUUGAAAGAUUGGUGCGAAGUAGGCAGUCCGCAACAGCAAUACCACCAACAGGUUCUACACCAAAAGACGGGGUGGAAUAAUAUCGGACCAAAUGCUGACUGGACUUCAAUUGACCCAGCUAUUGUUAGCUCAUCUAGACCAGUUCCUUUCCAGGCCACAGCUACUUGGCAGUUUCCUCAUGUUCAGUCUCCGCAUACAUCAUCUCAUACAACACAACAGGAGCAGAACCAGCCCCAGCACUGGGCAAUGCAACCACCACCAGGCUUUGCUGCGCCAUCGUCUUCGGCGCCACACAAUGGUCAACAACCAAGCUCAGGGACACAAUCGCAUUCUAAACUAAUUUCUGCUGGAUCUGAGAUUGAAAACUUGUAAACAUCAUGAAAACAGGCCGACAUACCAAUACCACGCGAUACACAGUACAGGCAUCAGAGCGUAAAAAACAGCCAAUGGCUGGUGACGUACCUUUUCUAACUUAUGUCUAUAUCUAUUUCCAGAAAUAUUUGAUUUGUUUUCGUGCCAAUGUCUAUUUGGUACUGCAAAAAAUAAUGGAAAUACUAUUUUAGCAUUUUUUUCCCCGAUUUACAAGCAUAUGUUGAUCAUCCUUCUGAUAUGGUUAUAUUUAAACAAUGUACAUUAAAAAUUCACUGACAUUACACCUGAGAUAUUUUACUGCAUAUUCUCAAAGAUAUUCGAACUAAGUUUAGAAACAGAGAUUUCAUUUUCGAUGAUUGUGCAAUAUUACUGUGGUGUUUGCAUUAACAUUAUUACAAGCAUUCUGAGAUUUUCGCAUUUCUUUCACUGGAGCAAAAGUCAUUAAUAGAGUUUAACUCACAAGUUCAAGUCAGUAAGGAUUGCCAAAAGUUACUCAAAACACUGAACAUGAUUACUCUUUCAACUAAUUAUAAUCAGAAAAUUAUUCUAAAGGCAGAAAUAGUUGUCAUAGUUUGAAACAAUUAGUAAUAUUUGAUUUUGGUUUUUUUUUUUUAUUCAGUUCUUUAUGAAGACGUGUCUUCAGACAGUUUGAAAUUCAAAUUCUUGAGACAAUUUUGACGAUGUGAAGAACAUCUGCAACUUUGAUUGUUUCAAGCGAAUAAAGAAUUGAAAAAGAUUAUCACCUAGUCACAUUUGCCAAUUUCAGUACCAGAAAAAGUUGAAGUAUAUUACAUUUUUCCUAUUUUGUCAGUGAAAACAGUAAAGGGAGAACAUCAUGAAUUGUAAGUUAUGUGGCGCUUAUUCCAAUCUAAAUAUUGAGGAUAAUUGAUUGUAUAGCCAUUACGGGAAUUGAAUAAUAACAGUGUUGAUGAAAGCACUGGUUUAUUUUACGAAGGUUGAAAAAGGGUCACUUAUCAUAUCUGAUUUUGUAACACAUCACAUCUUCGAGUGGCGAUUUGCAUAAGUUCAGUUUGUAAUUUAAUUUGCUACGUACCUGUCCCUCGUUUUUCUGAUGUAAUAUUCAGAGCAGCAUAGUGGUAUUUCUGUAUUUAUUCACGGUUCUAGACAUUAAUCAAAAGAUUAACUAUUUACAUCAAAUCCAAAAUUGUGGCAUAAUAGAUAUCAGAGUAUGUAGUAGUUUUCCAAUUUAAUCCGCAAAUUCGUCAAUGAUCAAGGAAAAGAUAUAGACAGCUGUGUGUGGUCUCAUUCGGUGGAGGGCAUAGUGUGUGUGUAUACUGUAUAUACACUGCAAAUGUAUACUGUACAUUUAUGUACUGGAAAUUUAUAAUUUAAAAUGAAUUGUCGAAAAAAGCACAGGGCUGUAGUGAACAAUGUCAAGGAAAAUUGAUUUUGGGACAGUUCACUAGUGAUACUUAGUGCCAUACUAUUAGAAUCAAGAUAUUAACUCAAGGUUACACAUUUUUCGAUUUCUUUUCAGAACGUAGAAAAUUAACCACUACAAAUUGAUGCGAUAAUGUAAAAUUAUGAAAAACUGUAACACUAUUCUAUAUACUUGGCUUAGACUUGAUAAAAUUUGGCAGCUGAUAAUCAUUGGGCUCGUGAUCUAUCAUUUUCAAAUUUUUCCUUGAUUUCAAACACUUCCCUGUGUUCUCGUUUUAGACACAAUACAUGGAGCAUGAAGAGAGAGGUCAAUUUGCAUUCAAGUUGAGUAUUCUGAACGUUAAGGGCAGAAACACAAUUUGUAUUCGCGAUGUACAAUUUUUGAUUUGAUUCGCUCUAUUUGAACCUGGCACACUGGACGUUAAGGACAGUUGUGCAGUAUUAAAAUCAAGCGAAAAAAAAUUGAAGACCUCUUAAAUAUAUGGUAUUAAAAAAGCACCUAGAAAAAGCAAAUGCGUACUUUGACAUGCAAAGAUUGGACAGCUGCUGAGCUUUUUUUUUCUACAAUCAUCCAGCACAGUCCGCAAUUUGUAUAAAAUUAUUAAAAUAACAAGAGACGACGUCUAAUUAUUAAUAUUAUUAUAAACUGAAAUUACACAAUAUUGAAUGAGCGCGUAGCGAUCUUGAUGACUGUCAUGUCGCAAACAAAUAGAUACACAAGUGAAUGAAUGAAAAAUUAAAAUACGAUUAUUAUAAAUUUAUUGAUUGAUUUAAGGUAAUCGAAAAAUAUACGAUAUGCGAGAGCAAAAAU